CGAUAUAAAUUUGACGCCGCCGACGCCAUUCAUUUUCAGUUUUGGACGAAAAGAAGCGAAUUAACUGUUUAUAGCGCAAUAUAAAAGUGGCAAAAGUACAUCCAAAAAGUUGUGCAGCUUUGUGUAGAUCUAAGUUGUUUGAAUUUUAUAAUUCCCGCGCGCCAUAUUCCCGAUUGCCUUGUGCCGGCUGCAUUGCGGAUUGCGGCAAAAAGAAAAAGAAAAUUGCAUCAGUAUUAGUGUAGUUGACUGGAUGCAUGCAAGUUAGAAAUCCCCAAGGCACGCGACCUGAAAUUCACACAGUUUACGAAUUGGAGGCCAGGUGAAAGUGCGCUAUAAAAGUUAGUCAGUUGCACUGCCAAUUUGACUUGGCUGCUGUCCAUUUGAGUGAGAGAUAAACACACACACACACGCACACACAUCGAAAGCCGCUGCUGCUUCAGUAGUGCUUACAUCACUCCCCGCUUGCUGCUCAGCUAAUUUCCGCCCACCCAUAAAAAAAGGAACAAGUAGAAUGGCCGAGCCAAAAACACCUGAAAAGAUGCUGUCUGCCAAGCCGCCAAUAUUCCAUCAUCAAAAUAGCCACAGUCCAAACGCCUCACUGCAACUGCCGAGUCCCAUCAUCACACGCCGUACACGCACGGCCUCGACUUCGGCGCGCGCCAUGGAAAACCCAGUGGUGAAUGGUGUUGUGAAAUCCUUUAGUCGCACCAAAGGACACGGCUUUAUUACGCCCAACAAUGGCGGCGAGGACGUUUUUUGUCACGUUUCCGACAUCGAAGGGGAAUAUGUUCCCAUGCCUGGCGAUGAGGUCAAGUAUCGACUGUGCGCCAUUCCGCCCAAGUUUGAGAAACAUCAGGCCGUGCACGUGCAGAUAAGCAAUCUGACGCCAGAGGUGCACCACAAGUGGGAGGAGUCCGUCUACUGUGGCUCCCCAGCUAAAUAGAAGCCGCAACCGAAACGAAACCGUCUGCAAUGGCCUUCCACAAGUUAAUUAACUAAAGCACGCCAUGUGUGAAAACGACGAUCAAAACAAAACAAUAAGAAUUCAAUGAAAGCAUACAAAACGACUUUAUCAAUCGUACGUCACAAACACACACACAGCCAGCCAGUUUCAAUUAUACAUCUUUAUUAAUUAAGCUAAGCAAAAAAAAUCAACUCAACUCAGUCACAAGAAACACAGAGUUUAAAGAAUUUGUAAUGAAUUGGGGAAAUUGUUAUUCGAGAACAGCCGUUUCGUGUUUUUGAUUUGGAGCCUGUAACAGUAUAUGCAUACUUAAUUUUUGAUUGUAAUAAAAUAUUUAAUAUGUAAUCGCAAACAGAAAUGUAUAAGCAAAGCUAAAGUCCGAAUCACUUUAUUAUUAAAUAAAUAAGACAUUGAAAAUUAAA